AUGCCGAAUGGCAAUGAGACAGCUUUGUCACAAGGAUCUCAGGAUCCAAACAGAUCGGAGGAUAACAGUCCCGGAUCAUCAAUCAAACAGGUAUUUGAUAAAGUACACCCAUAAACUCCCAAGAAAUCGAAUGUUUCAGAUGGUGCAUCAGCCGUCAGCCAACUCGCAUACCACUUCACAAGAGGCGAUCACGACAAAUCAGGUAUAUUCAAAAUUUUCUCGUUUCAGAUUUUUUAGCUUUUGUUUUCAGGCGAGAAAAAUGAAAAACGCUCCGUCUUCUUCGACAUCUCAACAGGCCGUUCCACAGCAGACAAAAGCAAAGGCUAAGAAAAAGGCUCGAGUCCAAUUCUGAAGACGGAUUGAUUAAUCCAGUGUUUUCCAGACGGUUCCAAAGAAAAAAGUCGAGACAGAUUCGUCUCCGGAACCGAAUUCACUCAAUGUGCAUGAGAAAGGCGAUGAUCAGCCUCCGAGAGCCCGUCAACAGUCGCCUUCUCCUUCUCCUUCUCCUCUUUCGGACAAUGUGGCUCAGGUCUGUCAAUAAAAGAAUCCGGAAUUCCGUAAUAUUAUUUUUCAGCCACUGCCUUACUCACUUUAUCGGGAACUACUCGCCCGCAUACCUCAUGAGAGAUCGGGACCGUUAGAAUAUGUGCCAGAGAUGCGCUCGAGUUCUCCAAUCGUGGAAGAGUCUUCUUCGGAACAUUCUCCUAGUAGAGAACACUCACAAGAAAUAAGUUCCAAUGAGGUAUGAGAAAUAUCAGGAUUGCUCAAAAUCAUUAUUGACCGUUUUCAGUCUUCGAGAAACUCUUCAUUCUGUGAUGAUAGCUCUCCAGUCAGAAAUGGAACUUCUGCGGUUCGAGAUUCAAGCUCUGAGCGUGAACCCGCUCCGAAUUAUGAAGUCGAAAUUGAAAUCAAGGAUCCGGAAGAAGGAACGGCUGAGCACUUGGAAGAAGAGGACCAGGAACUGCCUCCGGAACUCGAGAUGGAGCAACCGAUUGCGACUUCCAGUGCUGCUACAACCCGAAAGCGGCGCAGUCAACGUCAAAAAGACAGUAGAAAUAAGAUCAGAAGAAGUGAAGACCGGCCGGAGACUGAUGAAGAUUCUCGAGAGUCCAGCAUGCCUCGUCUCGAUAUGUAUGGAAGCGUAGGUGAUGUCCCAUCUACGUCUGAGCGACCGGAAUGCGAAGAAACGACGAGGAUGGUCCAGUCGGCGAUUCUGGGGUCAGUGGAAAUGGAGCCAGAAACGGUCGUUGAAGAACCGAUAAAGCAGGACUAUCGAGAACACUCUCCUCCAGUUUACAUUACUCUCCAACCGGUGCAGUUCUUGUGGAAUGAAGCAGCUGACUUCGUCGAAACGGUCGACGCAGAAUCAGAAGAGUUGGCCGUUCUUCCACAUGAUUCCCGGAACUCUCUGUUCCUGUUGUCUUGGAGGGUCAACGAGUGCCGUUUUUCUGGAAUGCGGCCGCCUUGGCCGAUGAGGAAACAACUGGCGAUGAAAAAGGAAUGAUGAAGAAGGCAACGGAGGUCAACGGAGCAUCUGAUCCAGUGGGAGACAUCCGUGUCGAACAGCCGGAAAUCAAAAUAGUCGCUGGAGAACUCAAGGAGUUGGAAAGCAGUCCAGUCGAAGAGGACAGUCAGUUGGAUCUCAACCACUCUCCGUCGAUUCAAGAGGAGCAGCCAGAAUUGGAGCGCCGAAAGAAACGAGAAGUCAACUAUGGUCACAUUUUGUCGCAGCCCUCUCAAGAAUUCUCAAUUGUGAAAGCAAAGCGAGACGAGGCGGUUUAUACGGAUCACUCUGCUUCGGUUGAACUUCAACUGGUGCAGUCGGUGUCCAAGAGCGAUGUUGUGGACGGGGAACAGAAACGAGAGGAGACGUCGGCCCGAUUCCCGUGGAAGAGUCCAGUGAAAGAGCUCCAAGUCGACCAUCCGGAAACGGCUUUUCUCUGGAAUGCUGGCUGUAAAUCUGGAAAAACUUAUGAGACUCCAUCACACAAGGAGGCUUCUGAACCAGUGGAAGAUGAUGUGCCUACUCUACCACAAUGGGGCCCUAUUGGAAAAGUGGCUGAAGACGAGAACGAAUACGGAGACCGCAGCGAUCACAAUGGCACUUUGGGAGGGCGAGAUGGAGGUGAAGAAAUGAAAGGGAAGAAGACAAUCAGUCUGUGGAUGAUACUUCUCUUGCAUCUUUAAUGGAGAAUGAAAUUGAAUUGGAAGAUAGUGUCGAACAAGAAUUCAUCCCCGUAAUCGAUCCAUCAAAGCAAAAUCCACCCGAUGAACUAGAAAAACUCGACGAUAAAGAGCCAGAAGACCACUCAAUAGACACAGGAAAUCCUUCAGAAGGUGAGAUUGAACGCGGGCUAGUGAUAGAUCUUACCUCAUUCCUUUCAGAAGAUCCGGAGCCUCAGAAUCCGAUAGUUCCCGAGUGUGUCCAAUCAGUUCAUGAGCAGUCAGAUGAUCGGUGUGCUUCUGAUGGAAUGGCUGUGCAAGAAGACGUCGAGGAGGAACGAUCAGAUUCGAAGAGCAACGCGACACCCAAGGAGAGCUCAGUGAAGCAAGCGGGGGAAUCAGAAGGUCAAAUCAACGAGCGAGAAGCUUGGGAGAAUUCAGGAAACGUGCAAGAAGCUGUCAAGGACAUGGCGGAAGGAGAGCAGAAAGAGCACGCUGAUGAUGGAGACGCCUCGGACGAUCGCGAAGAAAUAUCUUCAGCGAUUUCAGCGUCGCCCUGCCUUGAAGCCGUGGCACAGGAAAUGGAAUCAGAUGGGCCAACCACAGAUGCUCCCACGUCUUCUAACCGUCUGGUUCCCUACGAAGAGUCUGAAGACGAAGACGACGAGCAGAGACCAUCCGAGAAAGUCGAAGAGGACAAGGAAGUAGAAGUGAAAGAAAUAAUAUUGAUGCACUUCAACGGAGACGAUCAAGUGGAAGAAGUCAGCUACAACGACUUCCCCGACUUUUCAAAUGAAUCGAGUUCUGACAUCGAUGAUGAGACCGAGGACUCGGAUUCAGAUGAAAUAGAAGAGCCGGAAGACGACAAACCGGAGGAGCCUGAAGCGGAUUUCGAUGAAAAUGGGCAAAUCGAAGAAGCAGCGGUCGAAGAUGAAAGUUUGGAGAUGCCAGAAGAUACCUUCACUACCCGAAAGCGCGGUUCUUCGGAAGACGAAAAAACGGAGGAACGGCCGGUGAAGAUCAUGAAGGUGGACAGAUCAGGAGAUGAGGAGAGUUCGGAGGACAGUCAGGAAUUGGAGGAGGGAGAGCUCGUUGAAGAGGUCGAUUCUUAUCAAGAAGCGGUGGAGCAGGAGGAGGUCCCAGAAGAAGGAGAGAUUGUCGAAGGGCUCGAGCAGAAUUCAGAACCGGCGGAUCUGGAGGUCCAAGAAGAAGGAGAGCUCGUCAAAGAUCUUACGAACAGUCCAGAACCGGUGGAUCGAGAGGACUUCCAAGAAAAUGGAGAGAUCUUCGAAGAGCUCGAGCAGAAUCCAGAACCGGCUGAUCAGGAGGUCCUAGAAAAAGGAGAGAUCGUCGAAGGGCUCGAGAAGAGCCCAGGACCAGAGGAUCAGGAGGAGGUCCCUGAAGACGGAGAGAUCGUCGAAGAGCUCGAGCAGAAUCCAGAACCGACGGAUCGGGAGGAAAUCCCAGAAGAAGGACAGCUCAUCGAAGAUCUUGAGGAGAAUCCAGAACCGGUGGAUCGAGAGGAGUUCCAAGAAAAUGGAGAGAUCGUCGAAGAGCUCGUGCAAAAACCAGAACCGACGGAUCGGGAGGAGGUCCCAGAAGACCCAGGAGAAGGACAUAUUGCCAAAGAGCUUAAAACGGUUGAGGAGGAAGAGUUCAAUGAAGAAAGAGAGCUCGCAGCAGAUCAACUGGAUCAACAUCCUCUGAGCCCACCCCCGAAUCAGCAGGACGAUCAGAGAUUAAAGGCAAUUGCGGACAUUAAAAGAAGUCUCCUUAUUGGAUACGUGCCUGCAGAGAAGGAAACUUCGGCGAGCAUCGCUUUCAGAGCGUAUCACCUCAACCCGAUCUACGGAUCAUAUGUAUUUUCCGAGCCUCCAGACGAUGUUACCAGCUGCCAGAAAUCCGCUUUGAAAAAGUUUGAUGUCGCGGUCGAGAGUCUGCCGUGCUCGGAAGAGACGAUCCACCGGAUCAUAAUUGGUAUCGACCCGUCAUGGAUCCCGUCGAAAAGUGACGGAAGGAGUUCAGAAGCGAGAUCGGCGAGGCUCCAGACCCCGGUCCAGAAGAUGGAGCCGGUUGUCGCCCGCGCAGAACCCAAAAACAGAGAGUGAGUGGCACACGUAGGAAUUAGAGCAUUAUAGCAAUUUUUUUCAGGCCGACAGGUGCCCAGCUCCAGAAAUUGGUGGAACUGAACGAGUCCGGACGGAUGUUCGCGAAGACGGAUCAGAUGGAGAUGGACUACGGGUGUCGCAAGACGCGCUCGGGGAAGCAUAUGAAAGGUGAGAAGGAGCCAGUCGUUGUGCAAGUCGAACGCCCGAAAAAGAAGCCGAGGAGAAGUGGAAGAGGUAGAAUUUUUCAUUAAAUAACCGCGAAGAAAUGGGUGGCCACUGGCCAGACACGUAGAUGAGAAUAGAGAGCGCCGAGACGCGACGCCACCCCGGACAAUGACGAAUGGGCGUCUGUCGUCUCUUCUCUCGCACCGCGCGUUUCUUUUUCCAAUUCUGCCUUGUCUUUGCAAAAAAGAAAGGAAAUAAAUACCUUUCUUUUCUUUGUUCACCGAAACAUUUUUCCUCGUGUUUAGUCGAGAAAAAAACGGUUUUUAUCGUUCGGCUGCAACAAAAUAGGUAUUUUUCAGGAAGAAAGAAUCACGGCCGAGACUCGUCGUCCGAAGGUGUGAGUUAAAUUGAUUCGGAUUGAAUUUUUAUUGUUUUUUUUUGUAAAAUGUGAAUAAAUUGUUCCAGAAUAACCAGCAAGAAUUGAAAAACUAACCAUGUGUUUCCUGCCACAAUUAUCUAUUCAAAAAACAGGAAAAGAACGAUGUUACUGCACAUCUUUGUUUGUCGUUUUUCAAAUCACACCUCCAUCCCUCGGAUUUAUUAGUUAAUGACACGUAUAAUUUCAAAGUAAAUGCGCUCUGCUGAGAAACGUCUCCGUUUCGGCGCUACAACAGAAUAGAACUCGCACGGAAUAGAACUGUUACGAUUUGGAACGAGUGCGAGUUCCGAAUAGUAACAGUUCUAUUCUGUGCGAGUUCUAUUCCGUUGUAGUGUCUUCCAUUUCUGAUCUACGAAUUCAAGUUAAUUUUAUUUACUCUUCCAAUUUUUAAACCAAGCGCAUCAUUUUUUUCAGACAAUGAGUGACUCGAUAAAAAUCGCAUUGACUUUCCGACUCGCUGCGAGACCUAUUGAAAAAUGGUGUUGUGCGCCUUUAAAGUACGGUCACUCCGAGUAAUCGAAUCUCAAUUCAAAAUCCGAAAUUCAGUUGUUUUUAAUUGAACACUCAAUUUUACAUAUUUCCAAAUUUAAAAAUUAAUGAAAUUGGCUUUACGCCGUUUUUCAUUAAAAAUUUUUAAAAAUUCAAGAAACGCACAAUUCGAAAAUAUUUUAUCUUGAAUUUCCCAUUAAGUAAGAAAUUUACGAUCGUUACCAGACUCUGUCCUCUUGCAACCCUUUCACGCGUCAUACAUCCCCGCCGGCUGCGAAAAUCGAUAAUUUGCAGAUGACCGGCCGUCAAGCAGAACUCGGCCGCCGUUCGAAGACGUCUGCGUCCCGUUUCACCCCCGAAUCACAAAGACGACCACGAUCGAUGAAUCGCUUCCAGCACUUGAAUGCGGACGGAACGGAGCCUGGUCCGAGCAAUGCUUCGAUGCCAAUGGUCCGUCUGUUUCUACCGAUUUUGUAAAGAAUAAAAUAUUUUAUUUUUCAGUCGCCGAUUGUCGAAGGGAAAACUUGUCCGAAAGAAGAAAGUCGAAAGAGGAAGACGAAGACGCCUCUAAGAAGAACAUACGAGCUGGACUCGGACGACGACGACUACGGAAUCGGAGACAUGCCGAUCAGUGACGAUCUGACGUUUUGGGUGAGUACGAACACAGUUUCGAUUACGAAAAAAAACUAUAAAAUUGCUUCCAGAUCACUGAAGAACAUUCCGGUUACUACCGAAGGGCACUCGCGAAUGUGGAGCAGCUGCUCAAGUUGGCACCGCCCGAAAUCGCAAAGUUCCACAGUAAUGAGGAAGACGGAGAAUUGAGACUGCCGUCCAAAAUCCAAAUUGGUCGGUACCUCAUUUCGUCGUGGUACGGAUCUCCGUUCCCGAUAGAAUACAUUUACAUGAAGAAGGUGAUCGCAUGCGAAUAUUGUCUAGCUUACACCGGCUCCGAUCUCGUAAUGAAGCGACACGUUGAUCGAUGCAAAACCAGGGGUCCGCCCGGAAAAGAAAUCUAUCGAGACGUGGAAAGAAACAUUUCGGUGUUUGAAGUGGAUGGAUGCAUUCAAAAGUAAGUCGGAAAAUGACGAUAGAAACUGAAAAAAAACAAUAAUUUCAGAUACUACUGCCAGCGCUUGUGUCUUAUCGCGCGCCUCUUCCUCUCGAGCAAGACAGUCUUUUACGAUACGGAGCCAUUUCUGUUCUACGUCGUGACGGUUAACGACGCGGAAGGAUGGCGCCUCGCCGGCUACUUCAGCAAGGAGAAGUACGAGCCGGAUCUAAACAAUCUGAGUUGCAUCAUGAUCCUGCCGCCGUUCCAGUCGAUGGGUCUCGGCCGCGUUCUCAUCGACCUCAGCUACGCCCUCUCGCGACGGGAAGAAUGGUUCGGCGGUCCGGAGCAGCCGCUCUCCGAGCACGGACUCGCCGCCUACGGAAAGUACUGGAGAGCCGCCAUUUUCAAGCUGUUUAGCCUCGAACGCGUAUUCGUGGCCAUCGAACAUGAUUACGCGUGGAGUGUGCAAGGUCAGUAUCUUCUUUUUCAUCGUUUUCAAAGCUGGUUUGUUGCAGACGUCAGCGAUGAGACGGGCAUUCACGCACAAGACUGUCUCCAGAUGCUCGAACUCCUUGGAUGGCUCCAAGUGAACGAAAAGAAAGGACCGGACGCUACGGGAACAUAGUAAGCUUCAUUCUUCUGGGUGUCGUGAGUUAUAUUGCUAUUUUUACAGCUCUAUGUACUGGGAUGUCGACUGGGAUUUGGUGGAAAAGUGCCACAACAACCCGUCUUACUUCGAUGAGAAACUGCUUGACGUUGGUUUUUUCAGCGCAACUUUUUCUUUACCAAAUCGUGAAUGUUUUCAGUGGAAGCCUCGAAAGUACACACCCGCCAUGGACGGCUUCUUCGAGCUCACCCGAGCUGAUGUGGAGGAGGACGAGGAGAAGAAGCGGCUGCGACAGGAGCAGCAGACGCCCCCGCAUCAGCAGCAGAAUCUGGAGCAGUCGACGCCGGCCACUGCGUCGAGCCUUCCCAUUGGAUCUGUGAAAAAAGUGCGUAAGAAAUUGCCGUGGCGUCCCAGAGUGAGACGGAUUCGGCGAUGAAUGCAUGUUCUCUUUUUAUGUGCUUUUUCUCGGUUCAAGGAUUCAACAUUCUCCGUUUUACCCUCUCGAUGUACUAUUCAAUUGGCUCCUUUAAAUGUCUAAGACAGCAAUCUAUAUUUUAUAAACUGUUUUCUGUCUAUUUGCAUGUUCUUUGCACGCUCUUCACGGUUCGAAUUGCAAACAAUUGACAUGAUUUAAGGGAGGAAGACGACAGACACAAAGCCGAAGUGUGAGAAGAGAUCUGAAGAAGGAGCUGACGAAGCGGGUGACGGUUUCGGAUGAGAUUUCCGAUUCUUCUGGUGACGAGGAAUCGCCGAAGAGCAGGAAAACGAGCCAGAAGAGGAAACGAUGUGCAGGUACUUGAAAUUGGGAAUUCGCAGAGUGUAAAACAUGUAAUUUUCAGAUUCCGCUCCGAAGAAAGGGGAACGACGUCCCGAUUCUCCAGAUGAGGACGACGAUGCCCCCGGACCCUCUUCCCGUCGGGGCCACAUAGCCCCGGACAAGAAGCAGCCAACUGCAGAAAAGAAGCCGUCAUCUUCAUCGGGGAAAGGAAAGAAUCGAACAGAGAAAGAGGAAGAUCUGGAAAAGAAGUCGGAGGAGGAUACUGCUCCGAUUGUGCAGAAGAAAGUGCAGGAAAAACCGAAGCGGAAGAAAGGAAGGCCAGUGAAGAUGAAGAAGAGAUUCGGAAUACACAAUAGAAUGAAGGCGGCGGCCGAAGCGGCGGCGGCAAAGAAGCUUCAGGCGACGAACGAAGAGAUUCCAGCGAAAAAGGAUGAGAAAGAGCCGGAGACUUCUGAAGCAACUGCUGAAGUGGUAGAGCCCAAACCGGAUGAGGAGCAAGAAAAGAGUGAUGGGGAGGAAGGGCCGGAGAUAGAUUUGGACGUCGAGGAAGAAGAACUGGUUAGAGUGAGUUCAGAAGAGAAAAAAUGACAAUCAAACAGAAAAUUUUCAGAAUUACAUGAUCGGAACGCCGGCAUCCUACCAUUCGGAGACUGAAGAGCUCUCUCCGCCGCCAGCUCAACACUUUGGAAGCCAAGAGCACGUCGAAGAGAACGACGCCGCGCCGCCGCUGCUCGUCUCCGAAGUCGCAAAUCUCCACGUCUCACAGCCGGAAGAGGUGACGGCGGUCGAAGAAGCAUCGCCCCCGCUCGUCGAGGACUACACUUCGGAGGACGACGAUGCUCCGCCGAGACUGUCCCCGCAGUACGGAAAGCAGGAGGAUCAUGUGCCUGUGGAGGAAGUACCGGUGGACGAUAAUACAGUCGAAAGCAGCAAAGGAAUGCAGUACCACGACCCCUUGGGAUCUUCCUCCUCGAUGCACAUGACUCAUUCCAAUCAGAUGUACUCUCAUCACGGCCCAAGCUCCCACCAGCCCCAAACCACACCGGGUUCGGGGGGAAUUCCCUCAUGCGGACGAGCUGUCGAGCAGUUUAUGAGUCCGAUCGCCGGAAUGCCUACUUCUGUGUCAUCUGUCCAUUCUGUGCACAACAAUUCCAUCGAAAUGGCCGCAAGACCGGCAUCACUUCAACAGCAACCGCAGCAGUUCGAUAUGGGAGGACCCGUGAUAGCACAGGUGAAAAAGAGAAGUGGUUGGGAAAUAAUGUCCAAUUUCAGAUGGCCCCAACCAACGGCGUGAUGAACAGCACUGCUCAAAUCGAACAGCAGAACCAGCUAAUGAUGCAGCAGCACGGCUUCAACAAUCCUCCCGCUCCGAUCGUACCAACUUCCGCGCCAGAACCUGGACGUCGUCGCUCUGAUGGCUCGCGGAAAAGAGCACCGAGAGCUCAGCCGCCGGUGCCGGCCCCAAACACAAUCCCGCCAAUGCAACAAAAUGCGUUCCCAAUGGCUCCGAUGCCCGGCUUUCCGUACUAUCCCUAUCCCGCGCCGUACGGAACCGCCUAUCCGAUGUGGGACCCGAGCGUCUACUCGUUCAACCCGUACUACCAACCCACCAUGCAUCCACAAAUGAAUCAAACGGCGUAUCAGCAACAAUUCAUGGCCUACCAGCAGCAGUACAAUCCGGGCGGUCAGAAUGCAGGGACGGCGGCGAACCAGCCGCAGAACCCGGCAGUUUAUCCGCCAAACUGGUUCCAAAAUCAGAAUAUGCGCUAA